UACGCCCCUUACGUCCUAUACGUUCCACUUCUCCGAGCGUCCACCGCUCGCGCGGCGUGCACGUACGCAGUCACGCACGAGCCCGUGGCUAGUGAGUAUUAUUGCCGUGAAGCCACCAUGGCGAGUUGAGACGUCUCCUUCACGUUUAACCCGAUCAAGCCUUCCUCAUGCUGCCUUUCGGAGUACACAGUCGCCGCCUGUAUCCCCCAUGCGGCACAACACGGGGGUCGGCCUCUCAGAGACGGGAGAAUUGUUGCUCUGCAAACUGGUCGCUGUAGGGGGGUCGUCUGACCUCUGCCGUGCGCACGGAGAGACAUGAGCGUUGUCAGGGACUUGGAUGGGAUUGGGUUCAGGGGGGGCGGCGGAGUGGUGGCCUCCCUGAACGGCCCAGCCCAUUUCACAGAGGAUGCGCCGCGACCACCGGUACCCGGCGAGGAGGGCUCUGACGUGGACCCCCCGGCUCAGUCGACAGUCAGCCGUCCAGGCGGCAUCUCUCAGACACUUGCCUUUGCCCUGUCGUCUUCAGCUGCCAAGAUGGGGGAUUCCUCAAGCUACACGCCCUCCUCCUCGUCCGCCACCCCCCGUCGUUCCGACCUGGACUUGGGAUACGAACCGGAGGGCUCGGCCUCGCCCACACCGCCUUACCUGAAGUGGGCCGAGUCCCUCCACUCUCUCCUGGACGACCAGGAAGGAAUCCAGCUGUUUCGGAACUUCCUGUGCCAGGAAGGGUGUGCCGACCUGCUGGACUUCUGGUUUGCUUGCUCUGGGUUUCGGAAAACCAGCCAGGACAAGAGGACUAAGCUAGCUAAGGCCAUCUACAGGAAGUACAUCAUGGACGGAAGCGGGAUCGUCUCCAGGCAGAUCAAGCCGGCCACUAAGAGCUUCAUCCGAGACUGUGUGGGGAGGCCGCAUCCGGACCCCGCUAUGUUUGAGCAGGCCCAGACGGAGAUCCAGGCCAUGAUGGAGGAGAACACCUAUCCUUUGUUCCUCAAGUCAGACCUGUACUUGGAGUACACGCGUUCGGGAGGGGAGAGCCCCAAGCUGAACCCCAGCGAUCAGAGCCCUUUGUCAGGGCCUGCUAAGCCCGUGCCGGGCUGUUUGCCCACGCUGCCUGAGGAUGAGGAGUGGAGGUGCAGAGGCGGUCCGAGGGAAGCGGAGGAGGACGAGGAGGAAGAGAAGGAGUGCGGGGAGACACCGGUUGGAAGGCUGACCCACAGCCUGCUGAUGAAGACGGUACCACAGAGAUCCUCGUCCAGCAGGAGGCGGCAGGACAGCAGGGAGUACAGACCUUGGAGAGAGCCGGUGAACCCGUACUAUGCCAACAUGGGCUACGCUCGUGCCCCCGCCACCAGUGCCAACGACAGUGAGCAGCAGAGCAUGUCCAGCGACGCUGAUACGCUGUCACUGACUGACAGCAGUGUAGAUGGUAUCCCUCCCUAUCGGUAUCGUAAGCAGCAUCGCAAGGAGAUGCAUGAAAGUGCCAAAGCUAACGGACGUGUGCCCCUACCUCAUAUACCUCGCACGUACCGCAUGCCAAAGGACAUCCACGUAGAGCCUGAGAGGUUUGCAGCCGAGCUCAUCAGGAGGCUGGAGAUGGUUCUGAGAGAGCGGGAGGCUGAGGAGAGGCUGGAAGAGCGGCUGAAGAGAGUACGGCUGGAAGAGGAGGGUGACGACGCCGACAUCUCCGUCACAACCUCCAUGUCGUCCCACAGCAUACCGCUCCCCCUCCCCUCGUCAUUCCCCCCUCUCUAUGGCGCUCACUACUCCGAGACCACCGCCAACACGGGAGCCGUGGCCACAUACGGUGGCCUGGUCGCCAUGGAGGAUUCACUCGACGACGACCCGGAGUCCAUUCUGGAUGACCAUGUGCAGCGGGUGAUGAAAACUCCGGGAUGCCAGUCGCCGGGGGCAACCAAUGCCACCUUAGGAGGGAGCGGCCGACAGACACCUCCCAAGUCCUCACGAUCGCCAGACGGCGGUGUCGGCCCGCCUCACUACCCGCCGCACAGAGGGGGGGGUCACAGUCUGCCUGCUUCUGGGGUUAAAGGAAUGCAUCACCACAAGCAGCUGUACCACCAUAGAGGAAGAGAAGGCCAGGAGGAGACGGGAUCCAGGGCUCAGCCCAACUUCCUCUGGAACGGCGAGCCAGCUAGCCAGUAUGCGACCAGAAGUCGAAACUACGCCGACGGGGCUGGAGCCAGCACCCUGGAUGGAAUGGGUUACAGCAGCAAAGGGAGCACGCUAUCACGACGUAGCAAGAAGCCAUCAGAGGCGUCAGGCAAAGGUGACGAGUGUGGCCGUGGCAUGGAUACCCAGGUACCUCUGGAUGACCUGGAGCGGAACCAGAAGAUCCUCCAGUGGAUGAUGGAGGGCGACCGGCAGAGGAAAAGCUCACACGGCGGCAGCACAAGCAGCUCCAGGCGGACAGGAGGCAGCAACGAGUCGCCCCGUCCUGCUUCAGUGGAGCGACCCGGUGCAGUCCACCCGUGGGUCUCGGCCCACCUGCGCAACAACCCCUCCUCUGUGCCCCCCACCGUCUCGCAUCCGUCGGCGGCACAGGUGCAGCCCUCGCACCCCUUCAUCCAGGACCCCGCCAUGCCCCCCAACCCCGCUCCCAACCCCCUCACCCAGCUGGAGGAGGCCAAGCGGAGGCUGGAGGAGGAGCGGAAGAGGGCGGCCCCUCAGCAAGCUAAGCAGAGGCACAAGUCUGGCAAGCGUCAGGUGUGCGAGAACAUGACCGUGGCCUACUACUUCUGUGGCGAGCCAAUCCCGUACCGGACCUCGGUCAAAGGUCGGGUCGUGACUCUGGGCCAGUUCAAGGAGCUGCUGACCAAAAAGGGGCACUACAGGUUCUACUUCAAGAAAGUCAGCGACGAGUUUGACUGCGGCGUGGUGUUUGAGGAGGUCAGAGAUGACGACGCCAUACUGCCCAUCUUUGAGGAGAAGAUCAUCGGGAAGGUGGAGAAGGUGGAUUGAAGCAGGUGGCAUAAGCGAUGUGAAGGUCCGCCAGGAGGAGCGGCGUGUGAUUGAAAGUGUUGGAGGAGCUGAUGGAAUAUCUCAUGUUGGACCACAACGGACUUAUCCCUUCACUGUGGACCUUGUUCAAAUCCGGUGUCUGUUCCACUGCGCCACCGCCAUGGGGAGAAAAGGCCGAGGUUGAAGUCUUCCACUUUCCUUCUCCAGACCGUUACCAUGCUGCUAUGUGACCACGGCACUCAGACACCCCGCUUCGUCUGCUUCAUCAACGGGGAAGCGCCUCCUCUCGUCCACUUGGAGGACAUCACACAGCGAUGUCUCCAAUUCAGCAGUUCUCGACACGACCUGUUUACCAAAGCUACAUUUUUUUGGUUUGUGUUUUGACAGGACAAGUAUUUACCAGACCGGUACUACGACGUAUGAAAUAAUGCACCCUAGUUGACAUAUCUCCACCUGAUGUUCCAUUAUCAUCUACAUCCAGGACCUUUCCUCUUGGUUUACACAUCUUUUCACCUAUUUUUGUUCCUAAUCCUCACCAACCAGUCUUGAAGUAUCAUGAACAAGAAGAGCACAUAUUUACUCACCAAGUGGAGGUGCCUACGCUGCCCACGCCUGAACUAGCCAAAGAGAGCACACGCGUCCCGGACCGCCGUUUCCCCCCCACCCCAUGUUCUGAUACUGCAAACUUUGUUUUGUUUCUUCCGGGUUUUUGUUUUUUUUGAGUUUGGAGCAUUUCAACCAAGGCACAAAAUAAAGUGUCUUUCUGAUUAUUAUUAUUAUUUUUUUUUAAUUGGAACGCCACAUGGCAGCAAGUGCCCUGAACAGAAUUGACUAUGCUAGCUGGUACAUUUCUAAAUCAAGUCACCCCACUAAAUGUCCUCGUUCUUAAAUUAACCAUCAGUUUAUUUAAUACUAAUUUAUGUUGUUGCUGUACAUUUAAAAAUCAUAUUUCUAAAUGUCUUUUUUUAAUCUAAAAAAACACUUCUUAUUUUUUUUAGAAAUAGGGGGAUACAUGCUUUUUGUUGGACAGCAGCAUUAAAUUAUUGAUGUGUAUUGACCAGAAUAACUGACCAUGAAGUCUUUCUAUGGCAAACCAGUUGAGCCCAAACCAGCAGCCAAGCGGUGCGUUCCGGCCUGUUUCUGUGCAGAUCUGUUUUUAAGAGGUGAGGUUCAUCGAGAGGUGAAGAGAUAUGGGUGAUCUGCCAAUGACUUCCUAAAUUGACCUUUUGAACGAGAGAGUCGUCCCAUCAUAACGAGCAAAAGGGACUUUGAAUGUUGGACAUGAACAAAGUGAAUGUAACUUUCAUGGAGGCUUAAUGUCAACUCUGAAUGAAUGAAUGUGCUUCUCCAACCAGGAAGUGGUUGUCCUGGGGGAGGGAAACAAGCACAGCAACCCAAACUGACUUCAAACUCGUUAUAUGACUUGGAUACGACUUAUUUUGAACUGAUUUAUUGAAAAUAAUAAUUUGAAUAAUCAUCAAGCAUGUUUAUAAGGAAUGUUUUCCAGUCCAUUUUGUUGCCAUGUUUAUCUGCAAACGGCGACACCAGUUGUGUUGCCAGUUUGUGUGAAACUCAGUGCCUUUUUAUCUUAGCUUUUGUUGAUUGAAGCAAUUCAUCGGUUUCAUGUGUAUUUUUUUCCCUUUAGCUUAGACCUAUUGUAAUUAUUUUAUAUCUAUUUUUUUUAGCUUCCAGACAUGCUCGGUCACUUCCUCCUUGUCAUCGUCCCAUGAUGAUGGUCUGCUGUAAAUAUGUACAUUUAUCAUUUCAUACACGCCUUUCUCACCCGUGCCGCACCUACAGGGGUUGUUGCCAAGAUAUCACUGAUGUGCUGGUUCCACUUGUACAUUUCUUUGCAAAAGGUACUUCAUAAUAAAGAUGUUGGAUAAAGUCA